AUGGGCCACAUGGCGACAGAGAUCGUGGCGUUCCUCCUCAGCGUGUCGGGCUGGAUCCUGGUGUCCUCCACGCUGCCCAUGGACCACUGGAAGGUGUCCUCUGUGGACGGCACCGUCAUCACUACGGCAACCUUCUGGUCCAACCUGUGGAAGACGUGUGUGACCGACUCCACUGGCGUGUCCAACUGUAAGGAAUUUCCCUCCAUGCUCGCCCUGGACGCCUAUAUCCAGCUGUGCCGGGGUCUGAUGAUCGCGUCCGUGUGUCUGGGCUUCCUGGGCUGCUCGCUGGCGCUGGUGGGCAUGAAGUGCACGCGGAUCGGGGGCUCCGAGCCCACCAAGGCCCGGCUCACCGCCCUGGCCGGACUCCAGUUUGUGCUCUGCGGGCUCUGUUGCAUCACCGCCUGCUCCAUCUACGCUCACAGGAUCACCACAGACUUCUUUGAUCCUCUCUUCAUUGCACAGAAGUUUGAGCUGGGCGGCGCGCUCUUCAUCGGCUGGGCCGGCUCCGUGCUGUGUGUCCUGGGAGGCCUGGUCUUCUGUCUGUCCCUGUCGGAAGGCUUCACAGUCAGUAGAACAGAGUACACCUACGGCAGGCGCGCGUCAUUUGCGACCGCUCGCCCCGUGGAAAGCAGAGUACUCCACGCGGAGACGCAGCGCGCUCAGCGGGACUCGACGCGGAGAUUCGAACGUAACGCCUAUGUGUGA